AUGUAUUCUUCCGAUACAAUCUCGUUCGUGACGCUUUCUAAACACCUGGAUGAAUUUCCUCCGACUUGCAUAACUACGUGUGGAAAGGAUCCUUUGCGAGAUGAUGGCACCGUCUUGGAAAUGAUGUUGAAGGAUAAAGGCAUCAAGGUAAAGAAUGAUUUGUAUGAAGGGGUGCCGCAUUAUUUUUGGCUUUUUCCCAGUAUGAAUGGUGGGGAAGAAUAUUUGGCAGAUGUUAGCAAGGGGGCUAGGUUCGUUUUGGGUAUUCAAGUCAUGGGUUGUCCUACUCUGUGCAGUUCUCAACACAAAACUACAUUACAUCUAAACACCUCCCCCCACCUCACCAAUGAAAUCGAAAAUUGGUUUCAGAAUUGA